AGUUAUCAGUUUAAGUUAUCAGAGCACUGGAGAACUUUUAUUUUGACAGCGAGUUUCCAGCUUCACUUCCUGUAGGAGCUCUACAGCUGGAGUGUUUUUGGAGCUUUAUCCCACAGACCUGGAGGAACAGGAUCUUCAGAACUGUAGAAGAAUGAAUGCUGUCCUGGUGCAAGUCUUCUCCUGCUGCUAGAGUUGGCCUUCCUACCUGGCUGGCAUUUAUCUUCCAAACAACCAAUCAGAUUUCACAGCCAUCAAGAUUAAGUUGCUGAACCAGGUUAAGCACAAGAAUCCAUUUAUAAAGAACUCAGUACAAACAAAAGUUGUUCACUACAUCACAGUUAAAUGUAAUCAGGAAGUCCAGGAAACAUGAAAACUCACCACUGUUCAGAUUGUGGGAAGAGUUUUACUAAACAGAGUAAUCUCAAAAUACAUCAGCGCAUUCACACAGGAGAGAAACCAUAUCAGUGUUCAGACUGUGGGAAGAGUUUCAAUCGCCUCGGUCAUCUCCAACGGCAUUAUCGCAUUCACACAGGAGAGAAACCAUAUCAAUGUUCAGACUGUGGGAAGAGUUUUAAUCUCAAGAGUACUCUGAAAACACAUCAGCGCAUUCACACAGGAGAGAAACCAUAUCACUGCUCAGAAUGUGGAAGGAGUUUUAAUCGACAAAGUACUUUCCAGCAGCACUGGCGCAUUCACACAGGAGAGAACCCCUAUCACUGUUCAGACUGUGGAAAGGGGUUUAAUAUACAGAGUUCUUUCCAACAACACCGUCGCAUUCACACAGGAGAAAAACCAUAUCAAUGUUCAGAUUGUGGGAAGAGUUUUAAUCAACUGAGUAAUCUCAACAAACACAGUCGCAUUCACACAGGAGAGAAACCAUAUCAAUGUUCAGACUGUGGAAGCAGUUUUAAUCAACUGAUUCACCUCCAAGUACACCAGCGCAUUCACACAGGAGAGAAACCGUAUCACUGUUCAGAUUGUGGAAAGAGUUUUAUUAAUUUGAGUCACCUCCAACUACACCAGCGUACUCACACAGGAGAAAAAACACAUUACUGCUCAGAGUGUGGGAAGAGUUUUAAUGAACUGGGUCACCUCAAACGGCACCAGCGCAUUCACACAGGAGAGAAACCGUAUCACUGUUCGGACUGUGAGAAGAGCUUCAGGCAUUCAAGUACAUUAAAAAAACACAAGUGUCACAGUGGAGAGCGAAGGGACAAUUGAAGACGACCCCCACCCCCCAACACUGUUAUUGUAUUGUAUUACAACUGUAGUACCUGUAGUAGCGAUGGCCAUUACGAAGAUUUCUAAAACAUUGACAAACGUAUCUGAAAAUAUACACCAAUUGUGUUGUGAAUUUUUUGAAGUGUCUCCAUGCUAUCAUGUACUGUACAGUUGAAUUCCCUGCAAUGACUGGUCUUUUGAAUGUAAAUAAAUAUACCACUGACAUGA